AUGAUACAGAUUGCCAGCUCCCUCGCUCGCUCGGGCGAAACAUGCCCUCUCUUGGUGUGUUGUGGCCUUAGCUUCUGGGGAACUCGACAAAGACCAUCCCAAGUGUCCCUGGACUUGCUGGUGCUCGGAGGUUUCGACCUCAAAUGUCCCUGGGCUACGUCGCUGAAGCUCGGAGUGUUCGAUCGCAAGAUUGAUGGUGCUUCGCGGUUGCACGGCAUGGUGGAAACGGCUGCGUGGCUCUGCGGGUGCGGACAGGACUCUUCGAGUGCUUGCUUGCGGAGUGUUGGCUCGAGCGUGGCCCGGAGCGAGUCUGCCUCAAGGACCGCUGCAGCUCAAAUGGGCGCCGUGCAGACGGCUGGGCACACUCACGUCAACUUCAUCACACGCAUACACCAUUAUUUCCGCUCAAAUAUCAACCCAUUCCUGACAGUAUGGCACCCCUACCUCAUGAUGGCAGCCUGCUCCAGCUCGCGCAAAGCUACGACAACCAGAACCCUCAACUGA